CUCAUAAUUUGCGCCAAAUGUCCAAAACGCUUUCUCUAUCCGAACUGGACUUCUAAGUUCGAAGCUUAAACGGAAAGCUCUUUUGCUCUUCGUCAAACCCAUUUUUAGGGUUCUUAAUUUGUUAAAAACUUUCCCAUUUCACUAAAACGUUGCCGUUUUGUUCUAUUUAUUUCACUGGUUUGGACUUUUUGGGGGUUUCUUUGUCACAUGCAGUCGAGUGUUUCUCUUUAUCCCAGUGCUGGCUUUGUCAUCGAAGUUUGUUCUUUAUCAUUCUUGGGGUUUAAAAAUCCAAACUUUGAUCAGUUUGGUUAGGGUUUUUGGAAUUUCAGAUUCUGGGUUGGUUCAAUUGGGUAUUUAAUUUUUGAAAUUACAAGCUGUUUUGGGGUUUAAAUUACGGUUUCCAAGUGGGUUUCGAUUUGUGGGAUGAAUAGUUUGUUCAGUGAACAGAUACUCGCAGAGAAGCUCUCCAAGCUCAACAGCACCCAACAGUGUAUUGAAAGUUGCCUUAACUUAUUUACAUAGCAUUGUCACACUGGUGUAUAUUUCACCGUGGCAAAGCAGAACUAGUGGUUAAGACAUGGGAUAAACAAUUUCACAGUUCUUCAAUGGUUCAGAAAGUCCCCCUUUUGUAUCUUGCAAAUGACAUCCUACAGAACAGUAAGCGUAAAGGAAAUGAAUUUGUCACUGAGUUUUGGAAAGUCCUUCCCUCAGCUCUCAAAGAUGUUGUUGAGAAAGGGGAUGAGCAUGGAAAGAAGGUUGUCUCUAGAUUGGUUAAUAUAUGGGAAGAAAGGAGAGUCUUUGGGUCCCAUGCCCGAAGCCUGAAAGACGUUAUGCUUGCUGCUGGGGAUGUGCCUCCUCCACCCUUGGAGUUUAGUGGCAAAAAGCGUUCACGCUUGGUCAGAAUUGUGAAACGAGAUUCACGAUCCAUUAGAACAAAAUUGUCUAUUGGGGGUGCUGCUGAAAAAAUAGUGUCAGCAUAUCACUUGGUGCUCAGUGAACGUCCCAGCGAAGAGGAAGAGAUGGCUAAAUGCAAGUCAGGGGUUCAUCGUGUGAGAAAGAUGGAGAAAGAUGUUGAUAUUGCCUGUACUAUAGACAAAGACCCAAAGCGGAAAACCUUGGCCACUGAACUCGAGGAGGAAGAAAAUCUUUUGAAACAAUGUAUUGAGAAACUUAAAUCAGUUGAAGCUAGAAGAGUAGCACUCAUAUCUCAGUUAAAAGAGGCUCUGCAUGAGGAGGAAUCUGAACUGGAGAAUCUUCGAACUCAGAUGCAGGUAGCUCAGGCUCAGACAGAGGAGGCCUGCAACAUGCGAAUGCGACUCAAUGAUGAAGAUUAUGUAUCGAAUCCAUCUGCUACGACUACCCCAUCAGUUGAUGUGAAUGCGAAAGCAGGACAAACACCAAAGAGGACUGCUGCAGCUAUUGCAGCUGAAGUUGCGGACAAACUUACAGCUUCUAGCUCCUCACAAAUGAUCAUGCACUCUGUUCUCUCAACAUUUGCUGCCGAAGAAGCGAAAAAUGCUGGCCUGGUAAAGGCUUCUACAUCAUCAAAUUCAUUCACACCCAUACCUGUCAAUUCAGUGGCUGAUACGAUAUCAAAAUCUGAGAAGCCUAUGCCGGUUUCGGAUCCCAGCAUGUUUUUGCCAUCUCAGUUGCUUACUGCUCUUCCUAAUCAUUCAUAUCAAACAGUUUUGGUACCCCAACCAACUCUGCCGAACCAAACCUCAACCUCACAAGCUCAAUAUCACAUGCUUUCUAACCCACCUUCCCAGCAAUAUUUGCAGCCACCAGGAGGGAUCAUGACCCCAUACGGGUACAGCAGCAUCAGGCCCAUGCCAGCAGGACCACCACCACCAGCCCAUAUGGUGAGCCCGAUGGUUCCUUUGACUCAUCAACCAAUUCCAUUGGCACAGCAACCAGCACCUAUGAAUCAGCAGAUACCUGUAUUAACUCAGCAGCCCCCGGCACCUCCUAGUUUCAGGCCACUGCAGCGGCCGGGAAUGUAUUACAGUCAUCCUCCCCAUUCCUAAUGAUAUUUAUUUCUGGCAAGUUAGGUCAGUGAAAUCUUUCUGAAUUUUUUUUACUGGUAGAAUCUGUUUUCUGGAGAGUUGAAAAUUUGUUUGUGCAAAUUGUUUUUGCAGAGGUGAAAAUACAUAGAUGUUGGAUAAUAAUCCUUCAAAUAUUUUUUCAAAGAGCAGCCGAAAAUUAUAAGCAGUGGAUAAGAAAGAACUAGUGUAAUAUUAUUGAUUUUUUAGAUAUUUUUUCUGAUUUGUAAAGACAAAAUAGUUCACGCGGUUUCAGAUUUUAGAGAAGGAAAAAAAAAAAAAAGAAAAUAUAUUGUUCAAACUUGUACAUUCCAAGUUAAGCACACACAAACAAGAUGAAGCACAUUGUUGAGGCCUAAUACAGAAAUCUUUUAACCUUUCAUGA